GGUAGUCUCCUGUGGCUGGUGAUCCUCCUUCAGACUCCGGGUGACUGUGACCGGACCCGCGGUGCUGCUGUCAUCAUGGCUCUGUACGAAUAUGUCACUCAGGAGCAGCUCUCUGGCUUUGAUAAAUAUAAGUACAGCGCCGUGGACACCAACCCGCUCUCCAUCUACGUCAUGCACCCCUUCUGGAACUCCAUGGUGAAGAUCUUGCCCACAUGGCUGGCCCCCAACCUCAUCACCUUCACUGGGUUCAUGUUUCUGGUGCUCAACUUUGCCAUUUUAUCCUUCUACGACUUUGACUUCUACGCUUCAGCUGCGGGUCAUUCACACGUGCCAAGUUGGGUUUGGAUAGCUGCAGGCCUCUUCAACUUUCUGGCGUACACCCUAGAUGGUGUUGAUGGGAAGCAGGCUCGCAGGACGAACUCGAGCACUCCCCUGGGCGAGUUGUUUGACCACGGCUUGGACAGCUGGGCGUGUGUGUUCUUCGUGAGCUCCAUGUACUCUGUGUUCGGGCGUGGUGAGAGCGGGGUCAGUGUCUUCACACUCUACGGCCUGCUCUGGGUCGUCCUCUUCUCUUUCAUCCUCUCACACUGGGAGAAAUACAACACCGGCGUGCUGUUCCUGCCCUGGGGCUACGACAUCAGCCAAGUGACAAUCUCUAUCGUGUACAUCAUCACAGCCGUGGUUGGCGUGGAGACGUGGUACAAACCACUGAUCUGGAACAUUCUCUAUAGAGACCUCUUCAUCGUCAUGAUCCUGGGAUGUUUGUUUGCUGUAACGUUACCGAUGAGCCUUUACAACAUCUUCAAGGCGUAUCGCAGUAACACACUGAAGCACAGCUCUGUGUAUGAGGCCCUCCUGCCCUUCUUCUCACCCACGAUCCUCUUCAUCCUCUCCACACUGUGGGUCAUCCGGUCUCCCAGCAACAUCCUAGAACUGCAGCCCCGAAUCUUCUGCAUGAUGGUGGGAACAGCUUUCGCCAACGUUACUUGUAAGCUGAUCGUGUGUCAGAUGACUAACACACGCUGCCAGCCUCUGAGUUGGCUGUUGGUGCCGAUGGUGUUGGUGAUACUGCUGGUGAUCUCUGGCGUGGUGCAGCAGAGUGAGAUGGUGCUGUUGUACAUUUGGACAGCUGUGGUCAUCCUCACACACAUACACUAUGGAGUUUCAGUGGUGAGACAGCUGUGCGGUCACUUUAAGAUCUGUGCGUUCUCGCUGAAGAAGCCCAGCUCGGACUGACAGGACGAGGAGAAGAUCAGCCUGACGGUGGCAGAGGUCUAAGCUGUCGCGAUGUCCUCCUCGAUCUGCCGAAGCUGAACCCAUCACUGCUGAGACACGCCUCGAACCAGGAAACCAACCAAAAGCUGCUGACUGAACACGUCUUCUCCCACCCGGACACGCAGGACGUAGUGAUACGGAAGACGUGUCUGUUUCUCGUCCUCUGUGGAGCUGCGCGACGGGAUUGGCUGAGGCUGUUCGGCUUCUCCGGUGUCCGCUGAGCAGAUUCACUUGUUUCCUACGGAAAUGCACUUUCAGUCGGGAGCCUGAAAUGAUUAAACCCCACACACACACACACACACACAAACGCAUGCUCGUUCACACACAGCAAGCCACGUGUUAACGUGUAACACAUUAAUGAAUGUUUUGUACGUUUUUGCCUCGGGCCAUUAUACUUGGAUUUCUUUUCAGUCUCAAAAGGUUAAAAAGCUCCAAAAUGACUUUUUUUCUAAUUACAGGAUCACAGUGUAGAAAAAGUGGCAAGUCGAAAGGAGGGAACGGGUUAGAUUUGUACUUCCUUGUGGUGUUUUAUCGGACUUCUAUAAAGAAAACGCCCUGACUGCAAACGCAUCAGGCGGCGCAUCAGCUGUAAUAAACCACUCAUGGACCUCAGAAGCUCCUUUGAUGAUCAACACGUGGUUUUAUGGGGCCUGACCUUUGACCCGGCAUCCCCAGUGAACCUCAGCUGCUGCUGCUUUUUUUUUUUUUCCCCUUUUUACAUUGGUGAUGGUGUGUUGGCUUGCCGAGUUCUGUUCUUUUUGAUUUCUUUUCCUUUCUUCACUGGUGAGCUUUUAUUGAGUUUGUGCUUAAAUGAAGAGUGCGCUUCAAAGCCUGUCCAGGAGAGGGCGCACUCUGAGUAAGCGAGUAGCACCUCGCUCCGUUCUCUAAACGCAAUAAAAGCGCUAGUCCUCUGUCGUCUUUUCGUUCCCUUUCUUCAGGUCUUUUUUUAUUAUUUAAUAUUGGACGCCGGCUUAAAUCCGUGUCCAGAGUGUCAGUAUGCGUGUACUAUAAUGUAUGUAGUGUGUGUGUGUGUGUGUGUGUGCGAGAGAGCGAACAUCUUGUUAACUUGGAACGCUUCAUGAUGCAUAGGAUCAGGGUCAGUCUGUGAAUUCCAUUAGUUAAUACUUGUUAUUGGUGAUGUAAUAUAUAACGCAUUCUCACUGCAGUUACUGUUCUAAUCAUUUUUUUUUAAUGCGGUCAGAUGAAGUGAAACCUCUGAGAUCCUCCAGGUGGUGUGAACGUAACCUUGUCGCUCACUGGAGCACAAAUAUGCACAAGCAAACAGACUGCAGAAAGUCGCUUCCUCUCAAACAACUCAAAACUGAAAUUUUCUGGGACGUUUCUGAUUAGUUCCUUUUGUGUUGACUGUGUAACAACUAAACAGCUAUUUAAUCCUUUUUUUUUUUUUUUUUUUUUGGGCAUGGGGUCAGCACCUCAUGUAAAUUAAGCAAUUAUUUUAUUUUUCAAUUUUAGUUACAUUUUAGUUUUGUUUUUUUUUAAACAGGCUCUCUACUAUCAGGUUCCCGAAAGUGAUGCGAUACAUUUAAAGGAGAACUCGAGUGUUUUUUCCAGUCCAGCAUCUAUCGACAGAUCUGAGGCGUGUAUGAUUUUUUUACCACAGAUAAGAAUUUCAGCGAGUUUCCUUUCGCAGUAAACCUGUUUAAAAACCAAAACGUACUUAGAAUUCAAGUCUGGGGCAGAUGUUGAAUUUGAUUGAAAAUGUUAAACGUAAACGCACAUGAAAUGGAGUCUCUAAUGAAAGUUUAAGGUAAGGUGAAUAUCAGAGAUUUGUGUGAGCAGAAUGUUCUGUAGUAAUAAUUACCCAUGUAUAAUUGAACUGUUUGUGUUCACACACUACACAAGUAUUACAGUUCUUCUCUUGAAAAAAGUAGUCCUAUUUCUGAGAAAGCAAAAUGUUCCAGAUUUAAAGGUUCAUCUACAAAUUCCUUUAAUGAAUUUAGUGAAAACGUUCCACAGAAAUACUUUUGCACGAAUAUGGAGGGUAUUGACCGCUCACACGUCUGCCCUUAGACUUUCAAUGUGAGAUUAGAGUAAAAAAUAUAGAUUUUUGUUCAUUUCCCAGUCAGAAGAUGCACAUUUAAGUUGUCUGUGGUCAUCACAUAUAUGUACACUACAGAUCCUUUAGUUUAGAUGGACAUCAAGUUGAAAAUCGCUUGAGUAUUCCUUUAAUGGUUCUGCUGUUUGUUAGUCGAGCUUUAUAACACUGGUACUGAAAUCUCUGAGCAGAACAGCUCACUGUAUACUUGGAUGUAGUGCUCGCUGUUUCAGGAUCAUCCCUUCAAAAUGUGACAUUUCUAUAACUGGAUCUCGAGGAGCGCCUUUUUUUUUUUUUUGUAAACCACUAAAUAUCUUACUGUGUGUUUGUAAGUGGGUAAUCAAAUUGUAUUUUUCCUUUUUAUUUUUUUUUGGAUUGACUUAAGCAAACUGCUCACUAUGAACCACUAAAUAAUCGGUGUGAUGAAAUGCAGAUGUACUUUAUUGUGCCCUCAAUAUUGCAAAGCCCUAUUAAACGAAAGCAGAUUGUCAAACAUGGUUGUCGCUAUA